GCCGGCUGCACCUUCGGGGGGUCGGAACCCCCGCCUGGCGCCCGCUCAUCCGUCUCCAGACAUCGGGUGCUCGGCGCCCCCUCCGCCGGGGUCCUGCCAAGAAUCCUUGGCGGAGGAGGGAUGCCCAGUGGCCUUCUGGCAGGUCUGGACGAGCCCCGCCUGGGCCCAAGUGUGCAGAGGAUGGAAACACUCCCCCGGCAAUGUCUCUGGGCCGCCUCCUUCGCCGGGCCUCCUCCAGAGCCUCGGACCUCCUGACCCUCACCCCGGCUGGCAGUGGCGGGCCCCCCUCCGUCCUGGAUGGGGAGAUCAUCUACUCCAAGAACAAUGUCUGCGUGCACCCGCCCGAGGGGCUGCAGGGGCUGGGGGAGCACCACCCAGGCUACCUGUGCUUGUACAUGGAGAAGGACGAGCUGCUGGGGGCCACCCUCAUCCUCGCGUGGGUCCCCAACUCUCGGAUCCAGAGACAGGAUGAGGAGGCUCUGCGUUACGUCACCCCCGAGAGCUCCCCUGUGCGCAGGGCACCCCGCCCACGGGCCCGCCGCACACAGAGCUCGGGGACCCCCCACCAGCCCUCCCCGACGGAGCCAAGGCCCACCCUGAUCCCCAGAGAUGAGGACAUCCUGGUGGUGGCCCAGAGCCUCCGGGACACCGUGCAUAUCAGCCCUUCCCUGGAGGAUGGAGAGAAGCUGGCCCAGGGCCUGGGGAUGGAUGGCCCCCUCGCGGCCUCGCAGCCAGCCCACAGUGACUCUGGGAUCUUGUCCACCAUCAGUUCGCAGGAUGGGACCGAGGAGGGGAGGGAGCUGCGGCCCGAGGCGGGCGAGGAGGAGGGCUCCUUGGAGUUGUCAGCCGACGGUGUGAGCAGGGACAGCUCCUUCGACUCGGAUUCUGACGCCUUCUCUUCGCCCUUCUGCCUCUCGCCCAUCAGCGCCGCCCUUGCGGAGAGCAGCGGCUCUGUGUUCCUGGAGAGCGAGAGCAGCUCCCCCUCCAGCGCGGACGCCCACCUGCGCUUCUCGGACAGUGACGGCCUCCUGCAGACCCCGCGCUGGGACGAGCCACAGCGGGCGUGUGCCCUGGAGCAGAUCUGUGGCGUGUUCCGUGUGGACCUGGGGCACAUGCGCUCCCUCCGCCUGUUCUUCAGCGACGAGGCCUGCACCAGUGGCCAGCUGGUGGUCGCCAGCCAGGAGAGCCAGUACAAGGUUUUCCACUUCCACCACGGGGGCCUGGACAAGCUGUCGGACGUGUUUCAACAGUGGAAAUACUGCGCCGAGACGCACCUCAAAGACCAGCAGGUCGCCGACGAAAAGACGUGCAUGCGGUUCUCCAUCCGUCGGCCCAAACUGCCCUCGUCCGAGACGCACCCCGAGGAGAGCAUGUACAAGAGGCUGGACGUCUCCGCCUGGCUGCGCCACCUGAACGAGCUGGGCCAGGUGGAGGAGGAGUACAAGCUGCGCAAGGCCAUUUUCUUCGGCGGCAUUGAUGUGUCAAUCCGGGGGGAGGUCUGGCCCUUCCUGCUGCGUUAUUACAGCCACGAGUCCACGUCGGAGGAGAGGGAGGCCAUGCGGGUGCAGAAGCGGAAGGAGUACGCGGAGAUCCAGCAGAAAAGGCUCUCCAUGACUCCCGAAGAGCACAGAGCCUUCUGGCGCAAUGUGCAGUUCACCGUGGACAAGGAUGUGGUUCGCACAGAUCGGAGCAACCAGUUCUUCCGAGGCGAAGGCAAUCCCAACGUGGAGAGCAUGAGGAGGAUCCUGCUGAACUACGCCGUGUACAACCCGGCCAUCGGCUACUCCCAGGGCAUGUCGGACCUGGUGGCACCCAUCUUGGCCGAGGUCCUGGACGAAUCAGACACCUUCUGGUGCUUUGUGGGUUUGAUGCAGAACACCAUCUUCGUCAGCUCUCCUCGGGACGAGGACAUGGAGAAACAGCUGCUGUACCUGCGGGAGCUGCUUCGGCUGACACACCUACGCUUCUACCAGCACCUGGUCUCGCUGGGGGAGGACGGCCUGCAGAUGCUCUUCUGCCACCGCUGGCUCCUGCUGUGCUUUAAACGGGAGUUCCCUGAGGCUGAGGCCCUGCGAAUCUGGGAGGCCUGCUGGGCCCACUACCAGACAGAUUACUUCCAUCUUUUCAUCUGUGUGGCCAUCGUGGCCAUCUACGGGGAUGAUGUCAUUGAGCAGCAGCUGGCCACCGACCAGAUGCUCCUGCACUUUGGAAACCUGGCCAUGCACAUGAACGGGGAGCUCGUUCUCAGGAAGGCCAGGAGUUUGCUGCAUCAGUUUCGUCUCCUGCCUCGAAUCCCGUGCAGCCUGCACGACUUGUGUAAGCUGUGUGGGACCGGCAUGUGGGACAGUGGUUACAUACCCGCUGUAGAGUGUACGGGCCACCACCCAGGAUCAGAGAGCUGUCCUUACGGGGGCACAGUGGAGAUGCCUUCACCCAAGCCCCCAAGAGAGGGCAAGAAGGGCCCAAAGACACCUCGGGACGGCUUCAGUUUCCGUAGAUAGGUUGGGCUCCCUGCGCUGGACGAGGGUCGAGGGGACCUCACUGGAGGUCCUGAGCAUGUUGGGGGGGGGGGGGG